AUGAGGAGGAACAGCUCGGACCCGGCAAACAGGGCCACCAAGAAGGGCUGGCUCCAGGGGGCUCGGCCGCCCCCGGACCCCCCCGGGACCCUCGGCCGAGCAGGCCCCCCGAAGAUGGAGGCCUUCAACCCGUGGAAGGACUACCUGGGCCUGUCCCGAGGGGUCGAAGCCUUCCAGGAGGAGCCGGGCCUCGGGGACAGCCGGCCCGAGGCGGCUUCGGCGUCGGGGGAGAGGAGUCUCCCGCGGCCGGUAGGUCCGGAGGGCAGCCCCUCUUGCCCCUUCUGUAGACACAAUGGCGAGGCACGCCACACUUACCCAUCCCACAACCUGAAGGACGCCAUGGGCCGGGUGGUCUGCCCCAUCCUCCGGGGCUACGUCUGCCCGCAGAACGGCUUUACGUCCAUCUACACCUACGGCCCGCGGAGCCCGCCGUCCAAGGCGGCCCCCGGGCCCAACCCGCCCAAGCCCAAGGGGAACCCGGGAGGGACGGCUCCCCAAGGGCCAGCGUCCGCCCCAGGGGGCUGCUGA